AUGGGAUCAACUGUGUACUUUGAGCCUAUUCCGUGGGGGAUGUGGAGCGAGGACCCCGCAGGAUUUGCGGCUGCGCUCGGGGCCUCCUUCCGCGAGACCGGCUUCGCCGUGGUGGCAUCCCACCCUGUGGCCAGCGAGGUCAUUGAUGGGGCGUACGCGGCGUCCAAGGCGUUCUUUGCGCUCGACAAGGAGGCCAAGGGCCGAUACCACGACCCGGACGGGGCUGGGCAGCGGGGAUACACUCCGUUCGGCAAGGAGCACGCCAAGGACAAGUCGGCCCGCCUGCCUGAUGCCAAGGAGUUCUUCCACGUCGGCCGCCGCCUGCCCGAGGAGGCCUGGACGGCAGUGAUGAAGCCGACGCCGAGCGUGCGUGAGAUCGAGACCUUUGACGACGACACAUACGCACUUUACCAUGCGCUGGACCAGUUUGGCCGCGAGCUCCUCCGCGCCAUCGCCCUUCAUCUCGAGGUGCCCGACGAUCUGUUUGAUGGCGCUGUUGCCGCAGGCAACUCGGUUCUCCGCCUGCUUCACUACCCGCCGCAGCCGAACGCGCCGCCGCCGGGCGCCAUUCGUGCUGCCGCGCACGAAGACAUCUCAGUCAUCACCCUCCUGCUCGGCGCCGAGGAGGCUGGGCUCGAGGUCAAGCAUCGCUCGGGCGAGUGGCUCUCGCUCAACCCGCCGCCUGGCUCGAUUGUUAUCAACUGCGGCGACUCGCUGCAGCGGCUGACAGGUGGUGCGCUGCCGUCGACCACCCAUCGGGUCGUCAACCCGACUCCGGAGCGGGCACUCUUCCCGCGCUACUCAUCGCCGUUCUUCCUCCACUUUGAGCCCGACUUUGUCAUCGAGCCCAUCCCUUCGGCCCUCCAUCCGGAGCCGCCCAUUACCGCCGAUGACUUUCUGAUGGAGCGACUGACUGCCAUUGGCCUUGUCAAGGCCGCAGCCAAGAGUGUCAGCGCAUGA